AUGUUACUUUCUGAAUCCCAAGCUAAUAUUUUCGACACUCUUAAGGCAGAAUCCUCUGAUGAGGAAUUCGUCAAACCAAAAAUGCCGAUGAAAGUUGGAGGGAGUCCAAUGAAAAACGGAAAUGUGGUGGUUAUUUUGGAUGAUGAAAAUAAUGAUGAGGAUGAACGUUUGGCUCGACGAAAAUCUCGUCUACUUGAACCCCAUCUUUCUGGUGUAAGUAGUCCAGGAGCGAAUUCUUCUAUUCUCAAAAACCGUGCUGAUGCUGCAGCUCCACGAGGUAUCCCGCAAGCACAAAUAGGAGAACAUUACGGCAAUUGUAUUCGACUGGCUGCAGAAAAUAAAAUCACGGCGAAAAAUGCUUUCAGUUUACACCUCAUAGAUUAUAUGAGUGAAGUGAUAAAAAGUGGAAAAUAUGAGACCUUUCAGGUGGCUAGCUCGUCGUUGGAUGCUGGUGCGAAGAUCUAUGCCGGUCGUGUAGAUGCUGUGCACCAAGAAACAUAUCAAGUGCUUACUGGACUUGGCCGUUCAGACAAGCGUCGGAAUGGCGAAGAUAAGGGUGACAAUAAUGAUGAAAAUAAUAAUAGUGCCAACAAUGAUGAAGAUGAUGAAGCCCAUGCUCAGUCUAAACCAGAGCAAAAAAAGAAGGUUACAGCACAUCGAGAUAUAAUUCAUAAACAGUUGAAUAAAAUUCGGAUCAAAACACUGGCUGAUAAGAUUGAUGUUGAUCCUUUGUUUCAACAUCAAACAGCUGCAUACGAUGAGGGUGGUACAGCUGAGUUAAGAUUGAAUCAACUCUCUACUGCUAAUGCUUCAUGCGAGUUAAUUCUAGAUUCAUCGACACCUGUCAUGCUGCGUACAUUGACCAUACCUCAACCAAAAGUUAUCAGUGCUACAAAUCUUACUGAGUUCUUAUCUGUGUUAAUCACAAAGUCUUUGAAUCAGUUAUCAAUAUGUUCUACAUUGCAAAACUUUCAUUUCACUGAUUGGGAUCCAACCAAAGAUGCCCCUGACACAAGCAACCAAGAGGACUGGGAUGCAAAUACACAGCCAAUUGAUGCACUUGAAUUAGACAAUGAUGAUGACCACGACCAUUCAAUUAAUUUUAUGUCCCCAGAUAAUAGUUUUGGUGAUAAGACACUACGUGAAGAUGCUAACAUGGAUCCAGUAUUUGAAACAUCAGGAGGUAUGGAAAUUGAAGCGAAUGGUGGUACAUCAGCAGAAGCUCAGCAUAAUGAAGAUGGGCAAAAUAAUGCAGGGGGUAGUGCUGUUGCAACAGAAAUGAACAAUACAGAAGCGACAAACGAGAGUGAAUUAUUUGUCUCCUGUUUGAAAAGUAUGCUGGAUAAACAGUAUGAACAUUUUGGGAAAUUAAAUGAUCACUUAUUGGGUAUGUGGGCAGGUCCUGAACACUGGCGGAGAAAAGCUAAACGUCCAAGGUUAGAAGGUGGUGCAUUGAAAUCAAAUGAAGAGCAUGCGCAGGAUGGUGAUGUAGUGGAAACUUGUGUCAAAACAAUAGGCAAUCGUAAAGGCUCGAAAUCGAAGAAAGACAAAGGACAAAAAAUUUGCUAUGAAGAUGCACUUAAACCAGGCGAAAAUCGGACAAAAAGUGGAAAACUAUGCCGACGAGAUUGGCUUAAUAGUAUCUUACCAUCGGGUGUUGAAAACAGUGCUGCUUCUAAUGCUACUGUAUUUAAAGAAUCCUACCGACUUAAAGCUAGCCGUCAAAUGAAUAUGAUUCCCUCGGAGAUUUCUGAUACUCGUCAAAGUUUAUAUCAAAUUGUUAAUCGAGAAGUACUCCUACGGUCAAAUACUCAACCUGGUGGUAGAAAUACAAUUAAUGGUGCUCAUAACAAUAAUGAAAACGGUGAUAAUGUGAACGGAAUAGAUAAUCUGAUAGUUGGUGUUCCAGAUGGAUCUUUUGAUAAUGGUAAUAUGUAUGGUGAUGAUAUGGACGAUGGAUUACAUCAUCCGUUGGCUGACCAUGACGAUGAUGACGACGCAUUACCGUUUGAAGGUGCUUUUACCCAGAAUACUGGUUACAAUGAUUAUGCUCUCGACGAUAUGGAGUUAAUCUCACAACCAAAUAAAGUAGCCCGUAUUGAGAUUGGUUAUGCUAGGACGGCUAAAAUGAUUAACGUCCAACGUUUGAAGUCUGCCAUGUGGCAAUUCCUCGAGCAUUCAGUUCCUCGUGUCAACUCAGAUAUUCAAUCACUUUCUCCAUCAGUAGCUUCUACAGUGUCAGCUCCAGAUGCUGGUAGCUUUACUGAAGAUGCCACUUCUGCUGUCAAUGCAGCCGAAGAUAAAGAAAAAUUAAUGGAUGAUUGUAUAACUGGAUCAGAUGAAGCUAAUGCUUCACGUCUACCUAAAGUCCCUGGAGCAAAAAGUUUUUCCGAAGUGAUCGACAGUUUAUCAGGUCGUAUCAGCUGGCAAAUGGCCAAGGAGCUUAGUAUAUCAAUAGCUCUAAACUGUCUUCUGCAUAUGUCUAAUGAAAAGCAAUUAUACCUUGAAAAUGUGGACAAUUUCUCUAACAUCUUCAUUUCACAAGGACUGCCUUCUUUUGAAUUGAAACUUCUGGAAUCCUAUACUCAACCGGAUGAUGAUAGUUCACCUGAUACACCAUCUGACCGAACAAUACCCAAUAGUACGAAUAAUAAUAAUAAAAAUAAUAAGCACAAACGUAAUAAAGCAGCUCAACGUGUGCGUAUGUCUACACUGGACUCAUGGCUCGGUGGUAGUGAUGGCAAUGAAUGA